AUGGCCGCACAACCUCCUCCCAUCUCUCACAUCCUCGAAACAUGUCUAUACGUCGGCGAUAUCGGUGUAUCAGCUGAUUUCUAUAAAUCCGUCCUGCGCACCGAGCCUUUCAUACAGUCACCUCGCGUGGCUGGCUUCAAUCUCGGCACCACGACCCUCUUACUCUUCCAACUCGGGCAGACCUCUAAUGACAUUAUCACCUCUAACGGAGGAGUCAUCCCGGGCCACGGUCCUAGCGAUUCGAUUAUCUCUUCCCUCGGAUCCGAUAACCCAAGCGACAGAACUUAUCUAAAGCAGCAUUUCUGCUUCGCCGUUGAUAAACCUGCCGACGUGGUACAGUGGGAUGCGUAUCUUCAGAAAAUCGGCGUCCCCGUUACGGGCCGCAUGGACUGGGAUCUUGGUGGGAAAAGUGUGUAUUUUGAAGACCCAGAUGGACAUAUUGGAGAAGUUGGAUCGCGGGGAAUUUGGAAGCACUAUUGA